UCGAAGCAGUUCGACUUCUUAAUGAUAUUAUCAUGGAAGAGAAGAUUGAUAAAGAAAUGGUUUUCGACGAAGAAGCCGUGGAGUCUUCAUCGCUGAAAGGACAACCUGAAAGCAGGCGGAGAUUAUCUUGGUACUAUGCUCCCUCCUUUCUGCUCCUCUGGUUGGCUCUUUUCUUUGCCAUUGUGAUCCCGCUGUUCAACAGACUUCCAGAGAGGAUAACCAUCGCAGAGGAACCAGUGAAGUUGGGAGAAUUUGUGGCGGAACGGGCAGAAAGACAGCUGAUUGACUUUGAACGUAUUGGACCCAAAGUUGUGGGCAGCCAGGCGAAUGAGGUGGAAACGGUUGCCUUUCUUUUAGACGAAGUGGAAAAGAUUAGAAAGGAAUUACGCAACGAUCUUUAUGAGCUCGAAGUUGACGUCCAGUUACCGACUGGUGGCUUUUUGCUUGGCUCUAUGCUAAACAUGUACCAAGGUGUUCAAAAUGUUAUAGUCAAACUUAGUGCAAGGAAUUCCCAGAGGGAUUCUUACCUGCUGAUCAACAGCCAUUUCGACUCAAAGCCAGGCAGUCCAGGAUCUGGGGAUGAUGGCACCAUGGUUGUGGUAAUGUUGGAAGUCUUACGUCAAAUGGCAACAUCAGAAACCCCAUUUGAAAAUGGUAUAAUAUUUCUGUUCAACGGAGCCGAGGAAAACGCCCUUCAGGGUGCGCAUGGCUUUAUUACGCAACACAAAUGGGCACCGAAUUGCAAAGCUCUUAUAAACCUGGAGUCGGGUGGCAGUGGAGGACGCGAUCUUCUAUUUCAGAGUAGUCCCAAUACUCCUUGGCUGAUGAAGUACUAUAGACAAUAUGCGAAACACCCUUUUGCUACUACAUUAGCCGAGGAAACCUGGCAGGCUGGAAUUAUACCCUCUGAUACGGACUUUCGAAUUUUUCGCGAUUAUGGAAAUGUGCCUGGAUUGGACAUUGCCCAGGCUAAUAAUGGAUAUGUGUACCACACAGCCUUCGACACCUUUAAAGUGAUUCCAGGACGAUCUAUACAGAAUACUGGUAACAAUAUUCUUGCCCUUGCGAGGGCAUAUGCAAAUGCCAGUGAAUUAUAUAAGACAGAGGAAACUGAUAAUAGUCAUGCAGUGUUUUUUGACUUCCUCGGUCUGUUCUUUGUUUACUACACGGAAAGCACUGGAAUUAUUCUGAACUGUUGCAUUGGAGUCUUCAGUCUGAUUUUGGUCGGUUGUUCCCUGUGGAGAAUGUCGCGUCAGUCGAAGGAGGUCACUCUUUCUCAGAUUUUGAUUUGGUUCCUGAUUAUCUUGGGAUUGCACGUGCUAGGAGCUCUACUGUGCAUUUGUCUGCCUCUUCUGAUGGCUGUUCUUUUCGAUGCUGGAGAUCGUUCGCUAACUUACUUUACUAGCAAUUGGUUGGUCUUUGGUCUCUACGUAUUUCCCGCAAUCAUCGGAUUAGUACUUCCAUUGACUCUAUACUUUACUUUGAAGCCCAAUGAUAAACUGAGCCAUGCUUACCUCAUCCAGAUGAGUUUACAUGCCCACUUUUUAUUUUUGGCCCUGCUAAUUUUUAUUUUAACUGCUGUUGGUAUUAGAUCUCAGUAUCUCUGCCUCAUUUCGUUGAUCUUCUAUGGAGGUGCUCUUCUGAUAAACCUACUGAGCACAUUGCAUGAUCGCGGCUACUAUUGGUCCGUGAUUGUGAUAUUACUUCAGAUCCUACCAUUCUGCUACUUUUGCUAUCUGUUUUAUAUGGUGCUCGUAGUAUUCUUUCCGAUAACGGGAAGAAAUGGAAUUGGUUCGAAUCCGGAUCUAAUAAUAGCGUUGUUGUGUGGUUGUUGCACCUAUUUUGCCCUGGGAUUUGUUGCCCAAUUUAUAAACGUCUUCCGCUGGCCAAAGCUCAUUCUUCUCGGACUGGGAGUUGUAACAUUUAUUUUCUGCAUGAUCGCUGUUUCAGAGGUGGGCUUUCCCUAUCGUCCCGAAACCAAUGUGAUGCGAGUUACUUUUAUGCAAACUAAUCGCAUCUUCUACGACUACGAUGGCACGGUGAGUCACAGUGAUUCUGGAUACUAUUUCAUAUAUCAGGAUAGACGCGGCUUAACUCCGCUGGAGGACUCCGGUGUUAAUCUGACAGGAUUGAUCUCCAUGGAGCCGGACUGCGAUAAGUAUGUGAUGUGCGGAGCUCCCUGUUUCUACUUUUGUGGCGGGCGGAGGAAUGCUGGUUGGUUGCCUCGCGAUGUUGCUAAUCCCGGGGAGAUAACCUUGGAUUUAUUGGAAAAGACGAUCUUGGAUACAGGCGAUACCAUUCGAUUUGAAUUCAAACUUGCUGGCCCUCCCCACAUGAAUAUAUUCAUUCAACCAGUGGGAGUAGCUGAGGUUACGGACUGGUCCUUUGAGAACAAAAUAUUGGAUGACCCGGAUACAUACAAACCACCCUAUUUUAUCUUCUUUUCAUAUGGAAAGGACGACAGUCCUUUGAAGUUCUAUGUCGAAUUAACGAAAUCUGACGGGGACUUUAGUGUUCCUAUAAUGGAACUCGGAGUCGUUGGACACUUUGUCAGUUACGAUUAUAAAAGGGAUGAAGGAACCGAGCAAUUUUUGGCGGAUUUACCCAACUAUGUUCAUGCAAUGGAAUGGCCGUCGAUUUUUAAGGGAUACAUAUUUUAG